CAGGAAGCAGCGCACAUCCCGAGACCGGCGCUCUCUGUAGGACACGCUGCUCCGGGGUCUCCGUUCUGUGCUGAGAGGGUUCCUGUCCCCCCCGCCUGCUAGAGCCAUGCCUCCCACUAUCCAGCACCCCGAGACUGCAGUCUCCACACAUGAAGAACUAGAAUCAAUUCUCCAGAAGCGGAUCAUGGUCUUGGAUGGCGCGAUGGGCACCAUGAUCCAACAACAUACUCUUUCAGAAGAGUCCUUCAGGGGCCAGGAGUUUGUAGACCAUUGCAAACCUUUAAAAGGCAAUAAUGAUCUUCUAAGCAUCACCCAGCCGGAUAUCGUCUACAAAAUUCACAAGGAGUAUUUGCUCAGUGGAGCAGAUAUCGUGGAGACCAACACAUUCAGCAGUACAAGUAUUGCACAGGCAGACUAUGGCCUUGAACACCUGGCCUACCGCUUGAACAAAGUCUCUGCAGAAGUAGCAAGAAAAGCAGCAGAUGACGUAUCAUGUGAGACAGGGGUAAAGAGGUUUGUGGCAGGAGCUAUGGGGCCAACUAAUAAGACCCUGUCUGUGUCCCCCUCUGUUGAGAGGCCAGACUACAGAAAUAUCACAUUUGACGAGCUUGUGGAGGCUUACGCAGAACAGGCGAAAGGUCUUUUGGAUGGUGGGGUUGACAUUUUAUUGGUGGAAACUAUUUUUGAUACUGCUAAUGCCAAAGCAGCACUGUUUGCCAUCCAGAAGCUGUUUGAAGAGGACUACAAGCCUAGACCUAUAUUUAUUUCGGGGACCAUUGUAGACAAAAGUGGACGAACACUUUCUGGACAAACAGGGGAGGCAUUUGUAAUCAGUGUAUCACAUGCUGAGCCCUUGUGCAUUGGCUUAAACUGUGCUUUGGGAGCUGUUGAAAUGAGGCCUUUCAUUGAAACCAUUGGGAAAUGCACAACAUCCUAUGUUAUCUGUUACCCUAAUGCAGGUCUCCCGAACACUUUUGGUGGUUAUGAUGAAACGCCAGAAGUGACAGCUAAGCACAUUAAGGACUUUGCCAUGGAUGGUUUGGUGAAUAUUGUUGGUGGCUGCUGUGGAACGACUCCAGCACAUAUCAGAGAAAUUGCAGAAGCAGUGAAGCAUUACAAACCAAGAGUCCCUCCUUCCACUGUGUCUGAUGACUGCAUGCUGCUUUCUGGUUUGGAACCGUUUAGAAUGGGGCCUUAUACUAACUUUGUUAAUGUUGGGGAGCGAUGUAAUGUGGCUGGGUCAAGAAGAUUUGCCAAGCUCAUUAUGGCUGGACAUUAUGAGGAAGCACUGACCGUUGCAAAAGCACAAGUAGAGAUGGGGGCGCAAAUCCUUGACAUCAAUAUGGAUGAUGGAAUGCUGGAUGGCCCCAGAGCCAUGGCACGGUUUUGUAAUUACAUUGCUUCUGAACCCGAUGUUGCUAAGGUACCACUGUGUAUUGAUUCGUCCAACUUUGAGGUGAUUGAGGCUGGGCUUAAAUGCUGCCAAGGGAAAUGUAUAGUAAACAGCAUCAGUCUAAAAGAGGGAGAAGAAGACUUCCUGGCAAAAGCGAAAAAGAUAAAAAUGUUUGGAGCUGCGGUGGUGAUCAUGGCUUUUGAUGAAGUGGGGCAGGCUGCGGACGCCGAGACCAAAAUCAGCAUCUGCACAAGAGCAUACAACCUCCUGGUUAAUAAAUUGAGGUUUAACCCCAAUGAUAUAAUUUUUGACCCAAAUAUCUUAACCAUUGGCACUGGCAUGGAGGAGCAUGACAAGUAUGCCAUACACUUUAUUGAAGCUACUAAAGCAAUAAAGGAAACUCUGAAAGGAGCUAGGGUCAGCGGUGGACUUUCCAACCUUUCUUUCUCUUUCCGAGGCAUGGAUGUUAUUAGAGAAGCCAUGCAUUCUGUGUUUCUGUACCAUGCUAUUAAGGUUGGCAUGGACAUGGGGAUAGUGAAUGCAGGAAGUCUUCCGGUCUAUGUUGACAUUGAUAAAGAGUUACUUCAACUAUGUGAAGAUAUCAUUUGGAAUAAGGAUCCUGAAGCAACAGAGAAGCUUUUAAAAUAUGCACAGACCACAGCUAAAGGUGGUAAAAAGGUUAUCCAGACUGAUGAGUGGAGAAAUGGCUCUGUGGAGGAGAGGCUAGAAUAUGCUCUGGUCAAGGGCAUUGACAAAUACGUCAUUGAAGACACAGAGGAGGCAAAAGCAAAUAAAGAAAAAUAUGCAAGACCCCUUCACAUUAUCGAAGGGCCCCUCAUGAAUGGCAUGAAGGUUGUUGGAGAGCUGUUUGGUGCUGGAAAGAUGUUCUUACCACAGGUGAUAAAGUCUGCCCGGGUCAUGAAGAAGUCAGUGGGAUAUCUAAUUCCCUUUAUGGAGAAAGAGAGAGAAGAGAUGAGGGCUAUAACUGGAAAUACAGAAGAAGAAGAUGAUCCAUACCAAGGAACCAUUGUAAUUGCUACAGUUAAGGGGGAUGUGCACGACAUUGGCAAGAAUAUUGUUGGCGUGGUGCUUGGCUGCAACAAUUUCAGGGUUAUCGACUUGGGAGUCAUGACUCCAUGCGAUAAAAUUCUGCGCACUGCCAUUGAAAAUAAAGCUGAUAUAAUCGGUUUGUCUGGCCUGAUCACCCCUUCCUUGGAUGAAAUGAUCUUUGUUGCCAAAGAAAUGGAGCGUCUCUCAAUAAAGCUUCCAUUAUUGAUUGGCGGAGCAACUACUUCUCGGACACACACCGCUGUGAAAAUAGCUCCACGUUACAGUUCCCCUGUAAUCCAUUGUUUGGAUGCUUCCCAAAGUGUUGUGGUUUGUUCACAACUACUGGAUGACAAUGCCAAGUUAGACUACAUAGAAGAGAUAGCAGAAGAAUAUGAAGAUAUCCGCCAGGAUCACUAUGACUCUUUGAAGGAGAGAAGAUAUCUGUCUCUACAGCAAGCAAGAGAUAAAGGACUCCAUAUUGACUGGCUUUCUCAUCCAGUUCCAGUAAAACCAAAGUUUUUAGGAACACGGGUUUUCAAGAACUAUGACUUGGAGAAACUUUCUCAGUAUAUUGACUGGAAGCCUUUUUUCGAUGUGUGGCAACUGCGAGGAAAAUACCCUAACAGAGGAUUUCCAAAAAUCUUUAAUGAUAAAACAGUUGGGGAAGAAGCGAAGAAAGUGUAUGAAGAUGCACAAAACUUACUACAAGUCUUAAUACGACAAAGAAAAUUUGAGGCCCGAGGCAUUGUCGGCAUCUGGCCAGCUCAAAGUGUACAAGAUGACAUUGUUUUAUAUUCUGAGGAGCAUGACUUGCAUUCUUCAGAGCCUAUUGCUACUUUUUAUGGCCUAAGGCAGCAGGCUGAGAAAGACUCUGCAUCUACCGAUCCUUACUACUGUCUGUCGGAUUUUGUAGCCCCACUCGAUACUGGAGUGCGUGACUACUUGGGCAUCUUUGCCGUGGCCAUCUUUGGUGUGGAGGAGCUUAGCAAAGCUUAUGAGAAUAAGGGAGAUGAUUACAACAGUAUCAUGGCGAAAGCCCUUGGAGACAGGCUAGCUGAGGCAUUUGCUGAGGAACUCCAUGAAAGCGUAAGAAAGGGACUGUGGGGUUACUGCAGUGAGGAAACCCUGAAUGUUGCUGACCUUCGCAGAAUUCGAUACGAAGGCAUUCGCCCGGCUCCAGGAUAUCCCAGUCAGCCUGAUCAUACAGAGAAAAUCACCAUGUGGAAGCUGGGAAGCAUAGAGGAAACUACAGGAAUAAAGUUGACAGAAUCACUUGCCAUGUCACCCGCCGCUGCAGUGUCUGGUUUAAUGUUCUCCAGUCCUAUGUCCAAAUAUUUUGCUGUUGGAAAAAUUACUAAAGAUCAGGUUGAAGACUAUUCGCGCAGAAAACACCUGACAGUGGAAGAAGUUGAAAAGUGGCUUGGUCCCAUCCUCGGCUAUGACCCUGAAGAAUAAAACAACUCUUGACACAAAGUACCUGUACCUGGACUUUACUAUAUGCUGCUCACCUGACCUAUUUCUAAAGGUCCCAUACUUGGAAACAGGAUUCUUUUCCUUACGGAUGGGUCCUUUUUUUACUGGAAGCCUCGCUUAUCUUUGUCACCUUUUCAUGACUUUGUAAAACCACUUAAAGAGGUUGUCCAUGAUUACGAAAACCAUGGCUGCUGUCUUUCAUUAACUGCGCUGCACCUGUCCAUGGACUGUGUGACUGGUAGCUCAGUUAGGCCUCUUUCAGAUGGGCGUUGCGGGAAAAGGUGUUGGUGCGUUGCGGGAACAUGCGCGAUUUUAAAACACUGUAAUGCGUGCGGGUGCAAUGCGUUCAACUCGCGCUACGCAUCCGCGCGGAAUACUCGCCGUUUGAAAGGGGCCUUACACUUAGUCAGUGGAGCUGAGGUGCAGAAUAACACUUGGUGCUGUUUUCGGAAAAAGGCAGCCAUGUUUUACUAAUUCUGGACAACCCCUUUCAUGUUUUUGACCACAUCCCUAAAUACGUCUUGGUAUUACAUGCUGUUUACUGUAGGUGCCUAAAUUAGGCAAAAUGUAUAUUUAUUCUUAAUGCUCAGUUCAGCUCAAUGGCGAUGGCCAGAGCUGUGAAAUUUCAAAUUAGAUGGUAAAGUGUAAGAGACGAUUAAUUUACCUGUGAUUUAAGAUUAUGCACUUACAAUCAGAACAUACUGCGGCCACAAUGAUGGCCAUUGUAGGACCCUUGAUGAAAUUUAAUGGAGGUCAGACGUGCUUACCUGUGCGUGCUCUUAAGCUGGGCAUACACUUAAAAGGGUUUUCCCAAAGUGUCAACUUAUCAUCUGUCUACAGGACUGACUUCUGAAGGUCCCUUCUCACUCAGGUCAACCAUAUGUCUAAAGGACUACCAAAGAUGGCAUAGUAAAAGUCCCAUAGAUUUUGAAUGGAACAGCAAUGUGCAUGCUCGACCACCCCUCUUUUUUCAACACAAAACAAGGUAUCCCUGUUUUUGUGCAGUCGAUCCGCCAUUGAUGACACAUUUACCACCUAUCCAUAGGAUAGGUGAUAAGUUGUUCUAGGUGAAAAUGCAUGUUUAUUUCCAUAUGGGGACCAGUUUGGCAGUACUGUAGCUUAUUUCCUGACAUUAGGGAUGCUCUCAGUUUAGAUGGUUCUAGCUUAUUUAUCUCGAAGUGUACGGCCAGCUUUAAGGAGAUUUUUAUACGUACAUGUUGGUACUUGUUAUUGUCACAUGUCUUGUGAUCUUCUGUCUGCUGGCCUUCCCCUGGUGUAAUUCCGGGCUGUUAAAUCAAGCUAAAUUCAUACAGUACAGUUUAUGAAGUCCUCGCCAGCAGUGAAUCCUACAAGUGCAUUUACAUGACACUUUUUUGGGUUGUGCAAUCAGAAAUCACACACUGUGUUUUUACAGCAGUUUUCAGCUGUGUUUUGGCCACGUGGCUUGUGCAGGUGAUGCCCAUGGGUUCAUCUGUAGUAGCUGUAUAGCCCAAACCCAUAUUGCAAAGCUGUAUGCAGUGUUUGAAAGUAUGGCUAAAUGCACCCUAAAAGAGGAGGAGAGACUUGUUUUUUGUAUUUAUUUAUUUUUUCAUUUACUUCUGGACUUGGCAGGCAUAAAAUUGGUAUUAAAAUAGCGCCCAACAUUUUUCAUACCGCUUUUCCUCCUAGAGUGCACUUUAAAUAUCACAAUUAGCGAUGAGUGAAUUGACUUCGGCUGAAACAUCCGAAUUCGAUUCGUAUAAAACUUUGUUUCAAUACUGUACGGAGUGAGCGCUCCGUACAGUAUCAGAAUGUAUUGGCUCCGAUGAGCAGAAGUUAUUGCUUUGCGGUCUCGCGAGACUUCGCAUAAAAACUUCAGAAAUAGAUUUUUCUGUAAAAAAAAUAAACUUGGGUUCAGUUCCAAGUGGUACCAAAGUUUGAUGCAAAUAUACUUCGAAUGUUUUAUCUGAAGUUGAUUCGCUCAUCCCUAAUUACAAUUUGUUAAUAAUUGGUUAAGUAAUGCAUUAAAGUUUUCGCGUGAUUAUAGAAUUUGUUUAGAUGGCAUUGUAAAUUUGUCUUAAAUUUUGAAUUUUUGAUAAAAAAAAAAAUCAGUAUUGAAGCGUGAAUUCAGCUAAAUUGUCAAACUGUGCUGAUGGUUUAAUGCACUGCAGAUUCUGAAGAUCGGCUUGGUUAAAAGCCCGUUUUUUUUCUAAUAAUGGUUUGUGGAAAUGCUGUACAUGGACAUGUCUGCCACUAGUGCAUCAAAAGCAUUUUGUAUAAUUUCAGAUUGUAUUUUGUAAGUUACCUUGAGAAUUAAAGAGAUAAUUUUGCUAUGUGA